ACCACCACCGCCAUGGCAUCUGCAAGCAGCUCCGCACAGGCCGCCUUCGGGCUGGGCCGCAGGAAGAAGAGCCCCGGCCUGUUGGAUCAGAUCGGGAGCUUCUUCGGAGGCGACAAGAAGAGGAAGAGCAAGGGAUCUUUCCGCGGCGCUCUCUCUCCCGCCCCUCAGAAAGCCUCUGCGACCUCCCCACGUAAGCGUACAGGAGAGAACGCCGUGGCCCACUUCUUCCGCACGAUUGUGUCCCCUGCCCCUCCUAAGUCCAGGGGCGCUCAGAAGUCGCAGUCUAAAGCCAAGAAGGCCGGCGCGGGGGACGGCAAAGGCUCCCUGACUAGGAUCUUCAAAAUGGGAAGCAGGAGCGCGUCUCCAGCCAAACGCUGAGGUCCCUCGCUCACGCCUCCUUCCAACAGCACGAGGGCACGUUCAACACCACGGGCACUAAAGUGGAUGGGAAAAAAAAAAAAAGAAGAAGAGGAAGAGGAGGAAACCUUGUCACCCCCCCCCCCCCCCCGUCCCCCGUCCCCCGUCCCCUCACACUCAACUCCCCCCUCCACUUCUGAUAACACUUUAAUGUUCGCUAAAUCCCUCACCUGUCCUAUGACCGCCCCCUCCCCACCCCCCUUUGGCUGGUAGAUAGCAACACAAUCUGUUGCCCCCCCCCCUCCCCUGUUCUCCCUGCAUGCAUUGUGCUGAGUUGUCUGUGCAGCCGUCCUGAUUGGUGUGAACACUGUUUGCUGAAGUUGACCCUGAAGCCGCUCCUCACAUGUGCAGCCUGAAUGACCCCCGCUCGCCCCCAUGGCUCCCUCCCCCUCCCCCUCCCCCUCACGUACACUUGUGCUUCUUGAGUUUCUGUGCAACGUCUUCGUUCUUUUUGGAUUAAAUGAAAUUAGAACAAGGAGGCUGAACUGAGGCACGACCCCCGGAGCAGCUGAAAGUCGAGGCCGGUGCAAGUCCCACUGACUUGACCGUCAUUGCCGCUCGCAGACUGGGAUGAAAAGACCGGGGGGCUGCUUCCGUUUUUUUGUUGUUGUAGAAAAGAGCGUUUUUUUCUUUGUCUCGUCACUCUGUCGUUUUCGUCGACCCCCUCCUCCCCCCCGUCGUGAACCCGUGUUCGACUUUUAGUUUCAUAAUCCACCCCUCGUGUGUCCUGUCGUGAAUGUGAUGUCGCUCUGUGUUCCUCAUUAAGGCUGUGGGGUUGUUGGGGGUUGUUUUUGUAGUGAAAGUUACAUUUCUAAAUUUUUCCCGUAAUCAAUAUUUCUGCUAUAUGACGUUCUGAAAAAAAAAUAUGAUAAACUCUAAAGCAUUGUUUCCUUUUUUUCGGCCCUUGUGAUAAUGGAACUCACUAAUUUCCCUUUACAUGUUUAGAGCUAAAUUAUUUCAGACUCACGAUUCCAGAGUCGGACCUUCCACCUAUGCUUCGGUCUUCUUCUUUGUAGUUUUUCUGUCAAAGAAAAAACCUCGCUCAGCAACAAGUGCCUUCUCCACCUGACUACCAAAAACAAUGUGUAUAUCAUCGUGUGUGUGUGUGUGUGUGUGUGUGUGUGUGUGUGUCCUGUAUGUGGAUAAUGAAAAAUACAACAACAACACAAACACAAUUUCAAAAAGGUGCUCUGUAACUAACUCUGUAUUGACACGUUAUAAGGUGUUUUACUUGAGAACGUGCGAGUUGAAUUGUUUCUGACGGCACUGUGCAACUUGUGCUGUUCCAAACCUCCCGUCUUCCAAAAGCCGGCGCGUGUGAUGUGUGGCGUCCAUCUCUCCUCCUGUGUGUGUGUGUGUGUGUGUGUGUGUGUGUGUGGGCCUCAUGAGUGCUGUGUGGUGCUUUUCUGUGUGUCUUCUUCCCUGAAUGGAUCCGGUGAAUGAACGUAAAGAUCCUCCUCAUCAUUGUAUGUGUUCACGACCAGCCACUUAACUGAGAACAAAAAAAAAGAAAUAAAAAUGAUAAAAACCAA